AUGGAAUUCAAAACCAGGUUCACAUGUGUCUGUGUGUGCUUCAAUAGAAAUUUAACUGAGUUCUUUUCUUCUUCUUUUCAAGGUCCUCGUGUCCCGAUGGUGACUGUUCACAACACAACCGAUGCACAGAGAAUUUUUGAGUUGGAGGUAAAUGAAAAUGUGCAGCUGACUGUAAAUGACAGGCAAAUGCCUAAGGUAGAAUACAUGGAAAUCAAGAUAGAUGAUUACAAAUUGCCAAUGCAGAUCUUAAAGCCAGCAACCUUUUCGGACACCGCACACUACCCCUUGCUUUUGGUUGUAGAUGGGACGCCUGGCAGCCAGAUCGUGACGGAGAGAUUUGAGGUGACGUGGGAAAGCGUCAUGGUCAGCUCUCACAAUGCCAUCGUGCUGAAGUUCGACGGCCGUGGGAGUGGCUUCCAAGGCACUAAGCUACUGCAUGAGGUUAAGAGGAGGCUGGGCCUUUUGGAAGAGAAGGAUCAGUUGGAAGCUGUCCGGACAAUGCUGAAGGAGCAUUACAUUGAUAAAAUGCGAGUCGGUGUUUUUGGGAAGGAUUACGGCGGCUACCUGAGCACUUACAUGCUUCCAGCUGGUGAAGAGAACCAGGUGUUCGCCUGUGGAGCUGCUCUUUCCCCACUGACAGACUUCAAACUAUAUGCUUCAGCCUUCUCUGAAAGAUACUUGGGCUUGCAUGGGAUUGAUAACAGAGCAUACGAGAUCAACAAAUUAGCACACAGAGUCUCAUUACUGAAGGAACAGACAUUUUUGAUCAUUCAUGCUACUGCUGAUGAAAAAAUCCAUUUUCAGCAUACUGCGGACCUUAUUACACACCUAAUUAGGGCAAAGGCUAAUUACAGCUUGCAGAUUUACCCUGACGAAAGCCAUUACUUUAACAAUGCAGCAUUGGAGCAGCAUUUGUACAACUCCAUCGUCAACUUUUUUGUGGCAUGUUUCCAAGUUCAGGACAAACUCCCGAUAGCCCCACUGAAAGAGGAGGAGGACGACGAUUAACUCUACUAGUCCGUGCUAAGCACAAGGCAGAUCUCUCUGACAAUAUGCAACUGGAUCAUUUUCCUGAAGAAAGAGAUGUUACGCUGUUAGCAUGUAUUUAAAA